CAAAAUUGAUAAAGAGAAUCGCUAGAUGAAUGGUCUUUACCUGGUUAUCUGUGAAGAUGUGGUUGGACAAAUAACGUUGAAAGUGUGCUAGAUAAAUUUGAAAAACCACCAGUGCGGAAAAUUUAAAAAAGUAAAGCCAUGUAAGGAAAGCGUAGAAUUAAAUUGCUUUGGUUUUUUUUAGUCAAUAAGGUGAAUUUUAAGAUUGCAUAAAACUAUACACGAAUAUAAAUAAACAAAAAACGGUUAAAAAUUUUUCAUCUGUUUCAUGUCUUCCAACUAAUUGGAUUAGUUUAUUACUGUAAUAUUUCGCCGUUUUGUUAAAAUUGAUUUUAGUGUGUUUGUCAUGAAAGCUUAUAACAUGAAAUCUAAGUUUGCUACAAGAACAUAAAAAAGUUGUACAAAACUGAAUAUGAAUGAGUAAUAAGAAAUGAAUAAUUAUUUAAUUUCCGAAGAAGAAGAAGAAAAAGAAGAAGAAGAAGAAGAAGAAGAAGAAGACUUUGUACCUAAUAUAUCCAAAUCACCAAAAUGUACUUCCAUCUAUCCUACAAGAAAGAUCUCCCUGUUCCACGCAGAACAUUAUAAACGUGAUAAAAGCGACGAAGAUUUUCAGAUAGUUCAUUCUGAUCAACCUCAAAUGAAAGAAGACGAAUACGAACAAGUAUUCGAAGAAAACGGAUGGUCAUUAAAAAAGAAAGCUCAGCAUCAAACAAAAAAUACAUAUGUCACAAAACCAAGUUCGCAACCAUCAAUUCCAGAAACCAGAUCAAUGAUAAAGAAGAUUUGUCAUGAGUUUAUUUCUUUUGAUAACAUCAAAUAUACAAUGGAGCUUCCAAACUUGAUUAUUACUAUUUCUGAUAAAAUUAAAAAUGGUGUCAAAAGUUUAGGAAAGCAUGACAGAUAUCGCGUUAUUGUAACUACAGAGUACUUAGAAGGAAAAGAAUUCUACGGAAAGUAUGUAAGUGGGUUUUUGUGGAACAGUGAAACUGAUUUAUACGUUGAUUACAAAUAUAAGUUGAGAAGCGGUUAUGUUAUAUUCACAGUGUAUUAUAUUUACAUGGAAUAGAGACAGGCUUUAAAA